AGACACAAUUAAGAACAGAGUUGCAUGAACGUGUAUUUAAGAAGCUGGAAGAUAACGCUCGGAUUCGAAUUAAACAACAUUAGUCUACGUAUUUAUUCAAUUAUAUGUUAAAAGGUUCAUUUAUUUUGCCACUCAGAAGUCAUGUUUUGUGUGUGGUUAUUGGCCGCCGUCACGUAUUUCUCACGUCGUCCCGCCCGGACUCGUUUACUGAUUGGACAGUGACUAGCUGACUGUUGUCACAGGCUAGUAGCUACACUACUUCAGAGACAGACUCCGUAUCCUAAGCAACUUCUCAUGUUACUUUAGAUAUCUCUUCACAUUACCUAACUGUUUUAAUUUGAUUUAAAGGGAAGAGUUUGAGGUGACGAUGGGAGUGCCGAAAUUUUAUCGAUGGAUUUCGGAGCGAUACCCCUGCCUGAGCGAAGUUGUCAAGGAACACCAGAUUCCAGAAUUUGACAACCUGUAUCUGGACAUGAAUGGUAUUAUCCAUCAGUGUUCCCACCCCAACGAUGAGGACGUCCACUUUCGGAUCUCAGAGGAGAAGAUCUUUGCAGACAUCUUCCACUAUUUAGAGGUGCUGUUUCGAAUUAUCAAGCCCAGGAAGGUGUUUUUCAUGGCUGUGGAUGGGGUAGCUCCUCGUGCCAAGAUGAACCAGCAGAGAGGUCGCAGGUUUAGGUCGGCCAAAGAAGCAGAGGACAAGAUAAAAAAAGCUCUGGAGAAAGGUGAAGUCCUCCCGACUGAGGCUCGCUUUGACUCCAACUGUAUCACCCCAGGAACUGACUUCAUGGCCCGACUACAGGAGCAGCUCAAGUAUUUUGUCAACAACAAAGUGUCCACAGACCACAACUGGCAGGGUGUGAACGUCUACCUGUCUGGCCACGAGACCCCUGGAGAGGGAGAGCACAAAAUCAUGGAAUUCAUCCGCUCAGAGAACUCCAAGCCGGGACACAACCCUAAUACGCGCCACUGCCUGUAUGGCUUGGACGCUGACCUGAUGAUGUUGGGCCUCACCAGUCACGAGCCUCACUUCUCACUCCUCAGAGAAGAGGUCCGCUUCGGAGGGAAAAAGAACCAAAAGAGGAUAACCGCCCCAGAGGAGACCACCUUUCAUCUGCUACACUUGUCCCUCAUGAGGGAAUACAUCGACUACGAGUUCUCAGACCUGAGGAAAAGGAUCUCAUUUGAGUACGACCUGGAGCGGAUCAUCGAUGACUGGGUCCUCAUGGGCUUCCUGGUGGGCAACGACUUCAUUCCUCACCUUCCUCAUCUUCACAUCAACCACGACGCCCUGCCGCUCCUCUAUAGGACCUACAUCAGCGUGCUGCCGUCGCUGGGGGGCUACCUCAACGAGAAUGGUCAUCUGAACAUGGGCAACUUUGAGAAGUACCUGGAGAAACUCUCCGAGUUUGACCGGGACCACUUCAACGAGGUGUUCGUGGACCUCAAGUGGUUCGAGAGCAAGGUGGGGAACAAGUAUCUGAACGAGGCGGCGGGGCUGGCUGCCGAGGAGGAGGCAGCGAUGAGCAAGGACAAAAAGAAGAAAGACAAGGAGAGCGCCAUGUGUCUGGCGGCUCUAGACGAGGUCGCGGGAAGGGGCGGAGCUCCCGGCCGCUCCGCCGCAGAGGAGGAAGGCGAGGAGGAAGACAUGUUUGAAGCGGAGUUCCGCCAGUACAAACGCACCUACUACAUGACCAAGAUGGGGGUCGACGUAGUCUCGGAUGAGUUCCUGGCCAGUCAGGCACGGUGUUAUGUGGAAGGAAUCCAGUGGAUUCUUCACUACUACUACCACGGAGUGCAGUCCUGGAGCUGGUACUACCCACACCACUACGCCCCUUUCCUGUCUGACGUGCGGAACAUUGCGGAGCUCCAGUUGACCUUUGACAUGGGCCAGCCCUUCAUGCCCUUCCAACAGCUGCUGGGAGUCCUGCCUGCCGCCAGCAAGGACCUGCUGCCCGAGUGCUACAGGCACCUGAUGACCUCAGAGAGCUCCUCCAUCAUCGAGUACUACCCUCUGGACUUCAAGACGGACCUCAACGGCAAGCAGCAGGAGUGGGAGGCUGUGGUGCUCAUCCCCUUCAUAGACGAGAGGUACUUGCUGGCAGCGAUGGAGCCGUACAAUGAUAAGAUGAGCAAGGCAGAGAAAGGCAGGAACCGCCACACGGAGUGUGCAGUGUACACCUACGACUCUGAGCUGGACUACCCCUACGCCUCCCCCCUGCUCCAGCUCUUCCCCAACAUAACACACUGCCACGUCAGGCAGACGCCCAUCCCCAUGGAGGCGUGGCACGUGCCGUUAGACCACGUGGGGCGCAGCAUCGACAGAGGGGCGCUCUACUUCUGUGGUUUCCCCACCCUGCAGCACAUCCGCCACAAGUUCUAUAAGAAGAAGAAUGGAGUGGUGGUAUUCCAGCAGAGCAGUAGAGGAGAGAACAUCAUGCUGGAGAUCCUGCCCAGCCAGGAGGGGGAGCCGGUGUGUGACAAUGUAGCGGCCCAGGUUCUGGGACGGUCGAUCUUCGUCAACUGGCCCCAUCUAGAGGAGGCCAGGGUCAUUGCAGUGUGUGACGGGGAGACCAAGUUCUGUCUGGAGGAGCCUGCAGGGGUGCAGCGCCUGUACGAGGAGGGCACGCCCCCACCCACCAAGGUCAUGUACCUCAGUGACAAGGAGCAGAAGGACUGGGUGAAGGAUGUCCAGGGCAUCACAGAACAUUUUAACAAGCGCAAGGGCAUCGUGGUGAAUGAGACGUUUGUGCUGCUGUACGUCCAGCAGCUGACAGGCAGGAAGUACGUCCCUGGUCAGUCCGGGGAGGUGCACCUGGAGAAGCAGUGGGCCAAGCAGGCCCUGCCCUUCGCCUACCAGACAGUGGUCAAGGAUAUCAAGGCCUUUGACUCCUCUCAUUCUCGCUUCAAGACCCUGGAAGAGCUGUUUCCCCCGGCAACAUCUGUGUUUAUGGUCGGGAGCCCUUACUACGGAGCCAUGGGAGAGGUGCAGGAGUCCAGUGAUGUCAUCAAAGAAGGACGGGUGAGGGUGGUAUUUACUGUACCUCAUGAACCUCAGCUAGAAGCCUUGAUACAGAACCAGCAUAGAUACUGUGUGAAGUACAGUCCUGGAUACUUUGUGGCCUCCCGCCUCGGAGUCACCAGUUACCUCGUCUCCCGCUUCUCAGGAAGCAUCUUCAUCGGCCGCGGCUCCAAGAAGAACCCGCACGGGGAGCAGAAGGCCAACGUGGGGCUGAACCUGAAGUUCAACAAGAAGAACGAGGAGGUUCCCGGCUACACCAAGAGAACCGAGAAGGAGUGGCUGUACUCUCCUGCCGUGGAGGAACUCCUGUCUGAGUACCUGGACAGGUUCUCAGAGGUGUUUGACCUGGUGUCCAGGAACAGCCACGACGAUGUGUUCUACGAAGAUGACAUCUGGCCAGGGGAGGACCAGAACGGGGCGGAAAAGGUCCAGGAGAUCACUUCCUGGUUGAAGUCGCACCCCGUCAGCUCUGUGUCCCGCUCGUCCUGUGACCUGCAGGUCCUGGACACGGGCAUUGUGGAGAAGAUCGAGGAGGAGGUGGAGAAGGCAAAGGUGAAGAAGAGCAGCAAGAAAGUGCGUGUGACAGUGAAGCCACAUUUACUGUUCAGGCCUCUAGAGCAGCAGCAUGGCGUGGUUCCUGACCCAGAUGCAGAGUACCAUCUGUUUGACCGCGUGGUCAACGUCAGAGAGAGCUUCUCUGUCCCUCUGGGCCUCCGAGGAACUGUUAUCGGCAUCAAGGGAGCGGAGCGCGAGGCGGAGGUCCUGUACGAGGUGAUGUUUGAUGAGGAGUUUGCUGGAGGACUCACCAUCAGGUGUGCGGUGGGGCGGGGCUACAGGCUGCCGCCCUCGGCCCUCAUGAACCUGAGCCACGGCGUGAGGGUGGAGCAAGGCUCUCACAAGCUCACUGCCAUCGUCAAGCCCCAGCCAUCCUCGUCUCACGCUCACAAAGCCCAGCUGGUCGGCCUGAACCACUCCCCGCGCUCUCCGUUUGUACCCACUCAGCAGCAAAAUGGCAGACAGAACUUCCUCAGGAAUGAAUCUCAGGGAAACAAGAACUCGCCGCAUAAAGCCCUCAGCCACAAACACCAACCCAAGGGUAAGGACGAGGAGUUCAGCAAUGUGUGGCAGGCUCUGCAGAGCACUGGGCCUCCACAGAAACCUCCAGCUCACUGGCAGAACAAUGAAGGACAGUUCCAGCAGGGCCUGAAUCAACAACAGCAGCAGCAGCCCCACAACAAACCUGGUCCUGCGGGCAGUAUCCGACUCCUGAAGAGAAAUGAAGAUGUCAACUCUGUGUUUGGUGCUCAGAACAAGCCCUCCACAGAGUUCGAGGAGUUGAUUGCCAACCUGAAGAUCUCCAAGGGCAACGAGCACACUCCUCCCCCUCUUCCCAAGCCGGAGCCAAUCAACCAAUCAGACGGCCCGCUGUCUCCCCAGUCAUUUGCCAUGAAGGGGACUCUGGUCCUGAAGGAGAUGCUGAAGAUCGACAGCUCUGGGACAGGAAGUCCCGCCCAGGAGCCUGCUGGCUCCGCCCCCUUGGCCAGCCAGCAGCACAACAAGAAGCGAGCCACCAAGAAGCUGGCUGCGAGGAUGAAUGCCCCCCAGGGAGACUCCAUGUUACCCCCAGGGACAGGAGGAGGAGGGGGGGGGCUGGCGCCCCCCAUGGCCCCCGCUGCCAUGGUUCCCAGUGUGGCCUCAGAGCUGGCCAGGAUCUGUGUGGGUCUGGGCAUGGCUCCACCAGACUUUACUGUCCUCCGCAACAGACAGGGUCUGGUGGUGUGCCAGGUGAAGCUGUCUACUGGCCUGAUGGUCCACGGCCCUCAGUGCCAGUCGGAGAACGAUGCCAAAGAGAAGGCUGCCCUGUUCGCCCUGCAGCGCCUGAACUCUGUGGGCUCUGGGUUCCCCCUGCCCCCUCCCCUGUUCCCUGGCAUCGGGCAGAUAAGACCCCCCCCUCUGGGUCACAUGCCUCCUGUCUUCAACCAAGCAGGUGCUCUCCUGAUGCCCCCCCAGGGCUACGGCCCCCUCCACUGGGGGAUGCCCAUGCCCCCCCACCAGGGCCAGCCCUUCUACGGGGGCACCUUCCCCGGUGCCAGGCCCCAGGCCCCAGCCAUGCCCAUCGGGUCGCACAACCAGUUUGUCCCUCUGCAGGUGACUAAGAAGAGGGUGUCAUCCGGGAGGAAGAGCCAGGAGCCGCGGGAGUUCUACAGCGCCGCCCACACAGUGGCCAGGAACCAGAACCAGAACCCGGCCCAACCACAGCCCCCCUCCCCAGCCACCACGCCCUCCAAGACUCCGCCUCCGUCCAGCCAAACCCCCCCAGACAUGGCCAUGUCGGCGUCCAGGUCCCCCUCCACCCCCCAGGCGUCGCGCCAGAACCCCUCCACCCCCGGGUCGGGACACACCCCCGGCUCCGCCUCCAAAAGGAAACACAGGAAGCUGGCGGUGAACUUUGAGGCGGCCAAAGUCACCGAGUGACUCGGCUUCUGCUGGGGUUUUGUGUCGUUGGUUUUUAUAAAUCUGGUGUUUUGUUUUGGGGCCUGCGAGGAGCAGGUGUUUUCAGUGCACUACCGUCUCCAGCCUCUACUGUACUGACUGAGGGACGUGGCUGUAGUUUAAGACAAAGCUCCAGUACUUCCCUAUGGGGAGGAGGGAAAAGAGGGGAUAGUAACCAUGGCAAUAAGGACUAGGCCCAGACUGGGCCAGGUGUUUAUUUGUGUUGGUGUGUUGGUUUGUCCCAUGGACACUGUGUGUGUGUGUGUGUGUGCGUGUGUGUGUGUGUGUGUGUGCGCGUGUGUGUGGGGCAUGGUCUCCUCAUGCAGAUGGCAUUCAGACACACGGGGUUCGUUUCAGUUGGCCAAUUCUAGUAAGACCUUGUAACCAAGGAGCAAACCUAUUUUUUAUCUACACCUCUUAUGUUCCAUAUAUUUGUUGUCAAAUGUUUGGGUCUUUUUACGAUGAGUUUUUAAAAAAGAUGCGGUUUUAUGGUUUUGAAUUGGCAACAAAUUUGAAAUCCACCAGUGCAGUAUCAUCAUGCCAUCAACUACCUACAUGUACAUCUACACCAGUCUAACGAGCAGACACUGAAGUUGGACACGCACAUCAUCAUUGUUUUUAAAUACCUGCCAAACACACACUCACACGUUUUGUUUUGUUGCAUUUAAAUCACCAAUUGGUUUACUGCCCCGAUAAAUGUAAUCCCCAGAAUCAAUGGACUUUCAAAUAGUAAAUAUCUCAUCACAUGAAUUUACUAUAAUUUCCUGUGAAUUCUACCAUCGACUCAGAGCAUCUUAAAUAGGAGCCUUUACAUCAAACAGGCAGGAGAAGAUUUUAAUUUACUUUUUUUUUUUUUUUUACCCUAUUUUCUACAUUAAUUGUUCUUUCUCAGACAUGUGACCACGUGACUUUUGUAUUCUGCUGCAAUUUCAAUAAAAGCCUUAAAACAUGGUUCAAUAAAAA